GAAACCCAAAAUCUGCUUAUCUGAGUCUGAACUGUGAUCUUCCUACUUGUCCCUGCUGUCCAUAGUAAACCAUCAUCUAGCUCUCCAAGGUCUGGGAGGUAGCAACAUCGGAGAUCAUGGACGACUCCGGCCUGUUCAUGCAGUGGGCUCUGAGCACGCUGCAGGAGCAGCAGGAGCCCCCUCCGGUUCCCGCCGCGGACGACAGCGGCAGCGAAGUCACCAUCGUCUCGCUUCUGGAUCAGUUCGGGCACCCGGCAUCACCGGAUUGCACAGUACCGGGGAGACCACCAGUGCUGGAGGCCCGCCGGUGGGCCGCAACCAGCUGGAGCGCAGGCGACACCAACAGCGGCUCGGACGGUGGCGGCAACGCACCCGUCCCAGUCCCAGCCAUGGAGCGCGACGGCUUGUCGCCGUCGCUAGACUCGGUGAAGCGUGCCACCGCCGCAACCCAGACGGGUAGCGUUGGUAGCGGCACCAGCCAGCCAAUGAGCUGGGACUUCAGCCACUCGGCGUCCCCCCGGCUGAGCAACGAAGUCAUGCCGAUUAACUAUGCCGCCGCCGCAAGGUCAUCGGCGCCGUACGCGCGUGACCACACCAUCUCCGAGAGAAAGCGUCGGGAGAAAAUCAGCCAGCGCUUAAUCGAGCUCUCCACCGUCAUCCCCGGCCUUACAAAGACGGACAAGGCGACGAUCCUGGGAGAUGCAGUGAGGUACGUGAAGGAGCUCCAAGAAAAGCUCAGGGUGCUCGAAGACGGCAGCAGAAAGAACGGCCGGAGCUUCUCCCCGGUGCUCGCCAAGAAGCCGCGCAUCGCCACGCCGAACGAUGAGGACGCCGUCUUACCGUCGUACCCUCCAGCUGCCAGCAACGCCGAGAUCGACGCGAGGAUCUCCGGGGACAACGUGACGGUGAGGAUCCACUGCAAGGACGCUAAAGGGGUGCUUGUGAAGUUGCUCACCGAGGUCGAGGGGCUGCACCUCAGCAUCAUAGACACCAAUGUCAUGCCUUUUCUCGAAUGCACUCUGAUCAUAAACAUCAUGGCAAAGGUUGAGGAGGGCUUCAACAGCAAACCAGACGACAUUGUAGGAAGCCUCAAAUCUGUUUUGCAUCAACAUGGUACACGAAAUAGUACACAAGAAAAAAGAAGCUCCUGUUAAAAAGCCUGCACCAAAUAAUCAAUUUCAUCCACUCUUCGUCAUCAAGUUCAAUCGUUGCUGUGAUGCUGCUUUGUAGGAGCCGAAAAGUACUCCUGCACGGCUGCACCACAAAAUAAAAGGCUAAUAUCUUAUUUGGCCGGCCAUUAUUUGUUUGAACUUCACAGUUCACAUUGCUCAUGUCAAAUCAAUCAUUUUGCUCACUUCCAGCGAAAAUGAUCGAUCCAUAUGUGCUCCUGCAAGUGGCAGAUACUCGUAUCAACCUCACUGCAAAUCAUCCAUCUUAACUAUAUUAAUAGACACCCUGCCCAAUUUGCCUUAUACAAUUAGUCUUAGAACAAGUUCACAUGAAUGGAAAGGUUUGUCGAAUUAUUAGUCAA